UUUUUUACAUCUUUUUCUUUGCCCAUUAUAUAAAUCAAAAUUAAAUAAUACUUUUCAUUAUAAAUGUAUAUUUUUAACAACGUCCACUAGCGCAAAUAGUUAAUGACAUUAUUGAUGACAUUGGCAAUGGUGCAACACCAUAUGAUCUUGGGGCUACUGAGUAGUGUGUAAUAUCCUUGCUGUUCAGAUGUGCAGAGGUCUGUGGUGGGACUCCGUACCAUGUAGAAUUCAACAUUAUAUCGAAACAUAUUCAAAUGCCGUACAUAGGGCCGAGCCUAUAGAAUCCUGUAUGUAGAAUUUUACAUGACACAGAGUCUCUGUGCUGAUUCUGUUGGAUUAUUUGUGGUGUCAAUUCUGUCAUACUCUUCUAGCUCCCGCUACUUACAAUUCUGGACCUGUGAUGUCACUAUUAGUAGUAACGACGUCAUCUGCAGACCUUAAUAGAAUGUUUGCGGUACCAGAGUAUUAGUGAUGACGUAGCCAGCGUGUCUUUUUUCGCUUUAGCGUAGGGUAUUUGUACCAAAAGUUAUGAUUGCGCUGGCUUUUGCUUUAUACAUACUUAGUUUCAGUACAUUAAUUAACAUUCCAAAACAACUUUUUUUAACAUCUCGUUUGCAUUUUUCUCUUUGCCUAUUACCAACAACCGCUGGCGCAAACAGCUCAUGACAAGACAACAUUGAUAACGUCGCAAACGGUGCAACAACAUAUGAUUCCAAAAAUUGAGACUGAUGAAUAAUCCUGUAGAAGUGUGUAAUAUCCUUGAUGUUCAGGAGCCGAGGAGUCUAUUCUUAAAACAGAUUGCAAACUGUCAGAAAGCAUCGCCCAUGGCGUCGUUCCAAGAUAAAUCGAUAACUUAGCUGAGAACCCUGAAUUUUUGGAUCGAAAAAAAUUGGAAAUAUUUAUUAAAAUCUUACCUGUAGGUAUUUGUGUUAAAAAUAAACUAGAAAGGAAACAAUUUUGGCAAUUAUCCAAUCAUAAUAUUUUUGUAAACACGCCACACAACAAUUUGGUGUAUUAUAAAUAAUAUGACAAACAAUAAUACUUACGAGAAUGAGCUUUGUUUUUCUGCCAUAAGUAUCGAGUUCCCUACAAGAAAAAAAAAAGAAAAAAUUACUAAUAAUAAUAAACAGCUUCCAAUAAAUCAAUUCAAAACCACCCUAUAAACGCGAUACACCAAUUACACGGUAAAACAGUGGCGCCAUCUAUUAUCAAUUGAAUCAAACAUUAAGAUCAAUAAUGACUUACCGCGUUUAUACCCUGGUUUUAAAUCGGCAAAAACGAAAUAUUCGUGGGUCAAGCGCCACAGAUAACCGGCCGAAUUUAAAUUGCAGUCAACAAUUAAAACUAAUUGGUCUCUUGCGGCUUUUAUUAAUAAAAUUUUAUUAGUUUUAAUUGUGCAACAAUUCAAUUGAGCAACAAAUGGAGUAUCGCGAACCGCAAAUUUAUUGCAAAAACUUUGACCCAGAAUAAUCAAUAAUUAAUUGAUAAUGAUAUGGUGAUAAGAUUUUUUUGUUAUCAAUAGGGGAAAAGGCGUACCAUAAAUGUUCAAAUGCACACAUUAGAAACAUGGCCGAACGACAGACUCAAUUCUCGAUAUUACCAAAAAUUCUCAAUGGCGGUAUCGCUGGUAUCGUUGGUGUAGCUUGCACAUUUCCGCUGGAUUUGGUAAAAACCCGUCUCCAAAAACAAUCACCCGGUCCAGAUGGCAAAAUGAUGUACAAUAGCAUACCGGACGCUUUUAAGAAAAUCCACGCCGCUGAAGGCUUACGAGGCAUGUACAGGGGCGCAGGCGUCCUAAUUCUACUCGUAACUCCCGAAAAAGCCGUUAAACUUGCCGCCAACGACUUUUUCCGGUUCCGUUUCAAAAGCAAAGACGGGAAAAUUACACCAUUUAAUCAAGGUUUAGCUGGCGCCCUCACCGGAGUGGUGCACGUUUUCGUAACUACACCGAUGGAAUUGAUCAAAAUUCAGUUGCAAGAUGCCGGCCGAGUUGCUAUGAAAUCGGCCAAAAUCGAUCCCAAAACUGGUCAUGCGAUACUUCCGAAAAUUUCGGCGACAAAAGUCACCCUUGACAUAAUCAAAUCCAGAGGCGUCCAGGGACUGUUCAAAGGUCUGGUCGCCUGUUGGGCGAGAGACAUACCAUUUUGCACCAUCUACUUCCCCAUGUUCGCUACGCUGGACGCCAUUGGUCCUAGAAAAACUGACGGAUCAGGUGACGCCAAGUUUUUCUGGUCGUUCGCCGCUGGACUGACGGCGGGUGCGGUUAGCGCUUUCAUCAUGACGCCGUUUGACGUUGUCAAAACCCGAAUUCAAACUGUCAAAUCGGCGGCGGGCGAUAAAGUUUACACUAGCGUUCCUGGAGCUAUUACAGACAUAAUGAAAAAUGAAGGUGUGAAAGCCUUUUUCAAAGGUGGAUUAUGUCGUGUCAUUGUCAUUGCACCUUUGUACGCUAUAGUGCAGGCGGUUUAUUUCAUAGGACUCGCCGAGAAGAUUUUGGGCAUUGAAAAGGAUGUGAAAGUUAUAAAAAAGGAUGAAAAAUAA